AUGGCGAUAACAACAAAGAAGAAGCGUAAGAGAGUAGUAAAAGAUGAAUAUCAAAUGGAAAAAGCUAAUAGAAAGCUUUUAAUCGGAUCUAGAGUUGAGGUUAGAAGUCUUGAACAAGGGUUGGCUGGUUCUUGGCAUUGUGGGACAGUUGUUGCAUGUAGGUAUUUCUGCCGUGUUGUCCAGUAUGAUCAUUUUUACUUGGAUGACGAGGGUUCAGAAAGUCUCAAAGAAAUGGUUCAUGUUUCUGCGUUACUUGAAGGAGUUUUGUUACCAAAAGGUUUUAACUAUCGUGGUAUAAUUAGACCAAUUCCUCCUCCUUGUGAAAAUGUGACUGGCGGCGGUCUAAAUUUUGGACUAUGUGUUGAUGCAUUCAUUGAUAAUGCAUGGUGGGAAGGUGUAAUUUUCAGUUUCGAAGAUAAAUUAUCAGAAAGGUUAGUAUUCUUUCCUGAUUUUCCUGAUCGAAAGAUAAUAAAAAGUGACGAGCUAAGAGUAACUCAGGAUUGGGAUGAAGUCGAGGAAUGCUGGACCGUAAGAGGUAAAUGGAAGUUCCUUGAAUUGAUUGAGGAUUAUCCAAUUGCUCUGGUUAAAGCUGCACAAAUCUGGCAUGACCUAAAGCAAAAGGAAGGCUUCAAGAAUAAUAUCAAAGAGUGGACUUGUAAUGUAACGUCAAUGUGGGUUGAUUUGGUUGUUGAGACUGUUUCUCAGAAUUUGGAUAUAUCUUCUGAGCUUAUUUAUAAAGUUAUAUCGGAGAAAACUGGUAAUUAUUCAGUUAAUGAGGACGAGGAAUGCGGGACAAACCGUUGGUCUUCUUGUGAUAAUGAAGAAGCUGUUACCAUGCAGAUUCAGGAUUUGUCGAUUUCCCGUUCUGACGACUUGAAGCUAUUAACAAAAGAUGUUACUAGUUCUAGUUUGGUUCGGGAAAUAGAUGAUGGUGCUCAUGAAGGAAUGGAAGUUGUUGUAUAUUCAUAUGAAGGUUAUCUUCCCACUUGUGAUACGGCCAAUCGAGAAGAUGAGGCGCAAGGUGUUGGAACUGUUGUUGAAUGUACUGUAAAUGGUUCCUCGAGUGUUGAAGAUGAUGACCAAACUUAUGGUGAGCCUAGGCUUAAACGUCUAACAAAUAUCGGGUCAAGUCAGAAAAAAAUACAGACACCUGCAGAUUCGGGAUCAACAGGAAAACUGAUGUGGUUACCUGUUGGCACAGAUGUAAUUCCUGAAGCUAAAUACUUCCCUGAGGCAUUAGAAAAAUAUUUAAUGCCCGAUGCAGUUAAAAUAAAAAACAAUGAUUCUUGUGCUCGUGAUUUACGGUUAAAGGCUAAGAUGCAUCUUUCUUAUAUGGGUUGGACAAUCGAGUAUAGAAUGAGACCAAAUGGUAAAAGGGCUGAUUUACGUUAUAUAUCACCAGAGGGGAGGACACCCUUGUAUUCUCUUCGUUGCGCAUGUCUGCGGGCUAUAGAUUUCCCUCGUCGUCGGCAGGUUCCUUUGUCCAUGAUCUGCAGAGAGGAUAAAGGCUGUGCUUCUACUCCUGUUCUUUGUCUGAAACCAGAACCACUUUAUUCAGACAAUUUCGCAAGUGAUAAAACACCUCAUACUCGUCGCAAGUUAAAUGUACAUGUUGAACCUGAAUAUUGCCCUCAAGCUGUGAGAGAUUAUAUGAAUGGAUAUCAGUGUAAUGAUAGGCGCUUGAGAAAUGGUAAAAAUGUAAAUCACUUGCGUGAAAAAGUAAAGAAGCACCUCUCAGCUGAAGGUUGGACUUUCUCUCUGCGUUUUCUGAAGGAUAACCGGAGAGAUUUUCGUUAUACUAGUCCAAGUAGUUCUGUGUCAUAUAAAUCUCUUGUGGCUGCUUGCGAAGGAUAUGUUAAAGAGGUAGCUGAGUUUUUGAGUCCAUUCAGUCAUGAUAAGUUCCUUUCUACUACUAUGCACCCCGAGGUUCUGAGGAUAUGUUAUACCAAGCCAUCGGGCGCAUCACGACAGCCAAAAGUCAAUCCAGAAGUUGGUAUUAUACCGGAAAAGAGAACAAGGGAUGAGCAACUGAAGAGAAAAAGAAACAGUUAUUCCCCACUUAGUGAAGAAAAUUCGACGAGAACAAAGGUGUCUAGAACUCCAUUUGGCAAUGAGUGCAAUCCAAACCAUGUUCCACGUUCAAGCAAAAGGGCACGACAGGUUGUGGUACCGAGGUCUGGACAUUGCAGCCCUCGAACUAUUCUCAACUGGUUGAUCGAAAAUGAUGUGGUUUUGCCAAGGGCAAAAGUCCGUUACCUGAGUGUAAGAGAUGACUCUGCAAUUGGACAAGGAAAGAUAAACCCCAAUGGAAUUAAGUGCAGUUGCUGCCAGAUUGUUUUUGGCCUGUAUAAGUUUGGACUUCAUGUUGGUAGCUGUUACACCCCUCCAUCAGCCAGGAUUUACUUGGAAGAUGGAAGAUCAUUGUUAGACUGCCAGAAGCAGCUUCAGGAGAAGUGCUCAAAUAUCUAUGCUCAAAAAAUGGAUCUGGUGCACAAAGGGAAUGAUGAAAUAUGCUCAAUUUGUCACCAUGGCGGCACACUGUUGUUGUGCGACCAAUGCCCAUCCUCAUUUCACUUGAAUUGCCUUGGUUUAGAGGAUGUGCCGGUUGGAAAUUGGUUCUGCCCAUCUUGUCGAUGUAGAGUAUGCGGCCAGCAGAGCAAGCUUGACUGUGAUUCUGAAGAACAUCCUACUGAAAAGAAAGUUCUGCGCUGUGAUCAGUGCAAUCAUGAAUAUCACGUGGAGUGCGUUAGAGAAACAGGAUUGAGUAAGCUGGACUGUAACAACCAGAACAGUAAUUGGUUUUGCAGUAUAAGAUGUGAAAAGAUUUAUGUAGGUCUCAACAAACUUUUGGGAGAGUCCGUUCCAGUUGGCAAGGAUAAUUUAUCAUGGACUAUAUUGAAAUCCAGAAAAGAUGCUCGUCAACCUUUUGUUCCAUCUGAAAUUGAGGUUGCGGUGGAAUGUCAGAGCAAGCUUAAUGUAGCACUCGCGAUAAUGCAUGAGUGUUUUGAGCCCAUUAAAGAUACGAGGAGAGAUCUUAUUGAAGAUGUUAUUUUCAACAAGACGUCAGACCUGAACCGAUUGAACUUUUGGGGAUUUUACGCCGCAAUUUUGGAGCGAGAAGAUGAGCUCAUCUCUGUUGCAGCUGUCAGAAUACAUGAUGAAAAGUUUGCAGAAGUACCGCUUGUUUGUACGCGUGUCCAACAUCGUAUGCAAGGGAUGUGCCGAACUCUCCUUAAUGUUCUUGGAGAGAAGCUCGGACAAUUAGAAGUGGAGAGAGUGAUUUUACCUGCUAUACCUCAAGUGCUACAGACAUGGACUACUUCCUUUGGUUUCUCUACACUGACAAAUUCUGAGAGGUUAGAGUUUCUACCGUACACUUUCCUAGAUUUUCAGGACACCAGAAUGUGCCAGAAAUUCUUAAGGACGUCACCUGUAUCUAUGAAACGAACAGCAGAAGUAGCAAAUGAAUUACCGAGAGAAUCAAAUGCAGAUGGUCAACAGUUUGCUGGUACAUGUACUCAUGUAGAUGCUCUUGCUGCUACAGUAUUUCAAGCAGAACGACUUGAAUGGAGUCAAGUUGCAGAGCAAGAGCCAGUAGUAGAAGUUGGCGCAAAAAGUGUUCCCGGUUUAUUAGUGGCUGCUCGUCCUCUAGAUGUGAUGAGGACAGUACAAGAUGAGUCUGGCGGAAAUUGGCAAAACUGUGAGCCAUGCAUUGCUGGGAGGUUCUUGUUGGAUGAUAAGCCACAUGAGUUCUACUCACGAAGGAAGAUGUUAGGUGCUCAUGUACAUACCGCUCCUGCUGAAGAGACGUCAGACCAAUUAACAACACCGCAUAUUGAUGGAUCCCAUUCUUGUCAAGAUGUAGUUGAGGGAGAUAGAACAGAUACCUUUAAUUCACAAGAAUUAGGAUUGCAAAAGAAACGAAAGAGGCUCGAGGCUUCCUCAAGUGGUACAGUUAACAAACUCUCAAGGGGAUCAAAUGAAGAUGUUGGCACAUGUGCUGUACGAGCAGCUACUCGUGCUUCAGAGGAAUCAGAAAAACGAACACCAUAUAUCAGUCGUGACCCUUGUUGUCAAGAUGUCUCCGAGGAAGGUACAUCCGCAUCUCCUUCAGAACAACUAGAAAAACCAACAUCCUUUAUUGGAUGUCAAGCUGCAUCUGAGGAAGAUGAUUUGAAAAGAGAUAGUGAUGGAGAGGGAACUGGUACGACUGUAGUACUGGAAGAUGAUUCUGAAGAUGAUGCAGUUGAAUCACAAGUAGUGAAUCUCGAUUGUGGAACUGAGGAAUUAGAGAAUUCAGAUAGUGGUGAGAGUUUUACACAGUUAGUGGAUGAUUUGAAGAGACAAGGUUUUGAUGAUAGUGUUGGAGAGAUAAAGGGUAUGACGCUAGUACUGAAGGAUGAUACUCCAACGAGCUCCUUUAAAAAGAGGCGACUCUGUUCAGCCUGUGAACCAAGUAUGAAGGACGACGUUGUUGUGGAUACCGAUCCGCCGGCUGAGAAUUUCUCUUCAGGAUCUUUAUUGAAGAGCUGUAUAUCUGAAGCUGUAGUAUUAUGGGGGUCCUCUGAAGCUGCUACUUGCAUUGAGGCAGAGAACAUCUUCAAUGAUGACGAUAAUGAGAUGGCUGAUGCCUUUAGAGAACCAAUUUCGGUCAUUAGUGCCUGCGAUGAAAGUCAGAAUAUGAAAGAAGGUAGAUAUGCCAGAGCUGUUUCAGUAGUCAAGAGGCUUUCUUAUGGGGAUACUUCAAUUUCGAACGGUUUAGUGCGCUUCAACAAUAAUGACAUUAUUGAUGGAGCGAAAGAUUCUUUGCCGCGUUCUUCCAUACAUGAACCUGCCAGGUUAAGCUAUUUUGCUGAUUCACAUGAUGACUCUGGAAAUUGGUCUGAAAGCAAUGAUACGGUGGAUAAGUUUCUGUCACUCAACGACUCUAACCUGUCUCAAGAAGUGGUUCCGGAGAAGACUAUCAAAGAGAUUAAUUUUUCUGCGUCAAGGUUAAAGGGCACUUGUGAGUUGGCUAAGAGAAGAACUACUGGGAGUCCAAUUAGAGACAUUAGUAUCUUUGAUUUCAGUAUGCAUGAUACUCCGGGGGAUGGGGAACCUGGUAGUAUCUCCUGUAAGAGUGAAGCAAAGGAUGGAAAUGGUAUGAGCCUUGCCAGAAGAAGACUUAUUUUAGCUCCUUCGGACUCCAGGUUAAUGUCAGAUGAGCUGGAAGGAGCAAGACAGAUGGCAGUAACUUCUGAGGUGGAGAGCAAUCUCAACAGUUUGGACUUCAAUUUGCAUGAUGCUGGUUUUGAUUCUCCCCUGCAAAGAUGUAAGAGUUUCGGUGCUUCCAAGAUCCCAGCUGAACCUUCUAAAAUCAGCAACGAACUGUCGACUUUUGUUAGUAUUGAGAGAGCAAUCGCCUCUGUAAUGGAAGAUGUUGGUCCUGUGCACAUUUCUGAAGAAUCAGAACAAGCAGCACUUCCAUAUACGGGUCGAACUCUGUCUGACGAAGAAGACACAAUGACUACCUCACAAGAAGAACUGGUGAAGCAGCAGAAGAAACGAAAGAGGAUUGAUGAGUCAAGUAGUACUUCAGCCGCUGGAAAAGUUGAUUACCUUAUUGAAAUAAUCGGUAAACAUCUUGAAGGGAAAGAAGACACUUUGAAAAGACGCGAAAUUGCUUUGGAGAAGCAACAAAUUUCUCUAAUGAAGCUACAAAUGGACUUGGAGAAGCAAAGGAACUUGUUGGAAAAGAAAUCAAGUCUUGCAGAUGGUCUUAUAAAAGCACUUGCUGGUUUAAAGGAUGUUGGGCGUAUCUCUGUCGAUGAAGCAUUGAAGGAGGUUGGCUUUAAAGCAUCUGAGCUCAUUCGUUGAGAAAAGCUGCUUGUGAAUAAUUUUUGAAGUAGAUGGUGUUGUGAACGUCCAUGGUGAUGGUUACAGAUACUUGAAAUGUUCAGUACAGUCUUUUUUUGGUUCCCAACUACAAUAACAAAAAAAAAAAAAAAAAUGCAUCUCCAAAUUUUGAUGUAGUCUUAGUCUAUCUGGAGAUAUGUUGUAGUAUGACCAGUUGUGUCCUUAAAUUUCUUGAUUGUAGAUAGUUUUUCUGAAUUCAUAAGGUUUUUUUUUCGGAUCGGGGCA